UAUCCUCAUUGAUGAAGUGAAAGCCUUGCUUCAUAUCAGUGUAUUGCUGCUAGCGUUUGGUCCAUAAGAGAAGUACAGUUUCCCCCAAAUGAAGAACGGGAGUCAUCAAAACCCUCAGCUAGAAAUCAUGGAGGGAUGUCAGAAUGGAAUUUCAAUAGAUUUGUUCCUGCACUGUUCUCUCGUUCCAGCUAUCUGCAUUGUAGUUCUCCUCUCCUUUGUACAGCGUAGAGCAAGGGGUCAGCCCUUUGAGGAGCGCUUUCCAUAUCUCAGGGGUCGAUUUGGCAUUGUGGUGCCACUGGAUUUCAUUUGCAGCCUAAGUAAUCGAUGGUCUUAUGGUUUUGCAUUCGGUGCUAUUGCUCCUAGUGUGCUUCAGCUGUUCUCUGAAUCCUACACCCCGUUUCCUGUGCCUAACUGGGCUAAAGCCAUUCUUUACCUGGUGGGAGCAACUGAAGUUGGUGUGGCCUACCUGCCAUUCUUUGCUUGUCUAUCAACACCACACCGAGCACUAGGAGGGGUUCUAGGUCUUCUGUACACCCUCAUCUGGCUCAUUGUGAGACUGUAUGACACAAUAAGCUGUCCAUCUGGAAGGGUUUUAGGCAGUUAUGAGAAAUUUAUCAUCUUGUGGCCAUUCUUCCUGUGUUUGUGUUUCCUGCUGGGUCGGUUUGUGUACAUCAUUGUGAAGGCAGUAAGAAUCCGCAUGCAGCUACAAGCUGAUGAGAAUGAGGAGGAGUUACAUUCCCAUCAGUUCAGAUAUGUACAGACUCUACUGAAACGGCCUCCUGAAUGGAUAGAAAAAAAAAGUUGGUUCCGGAGAAAAGUGUAUGACUGGGAUCCUCAUUUCAAAUUUCCUAACAGAAUGAUUGGCACUUCAGUUAUCUCUCUGAUUGGCUUGUACACGAUGACCCUAGCAGACUACGGCUUGAGUGACUACGCCUUUGAUAAUUUAGAUGCUUUGAGGGACUCAUUUGCAGAGAUUGCAUCAUCCUGUAACCAAACAGACAACAUCUUCACAUCCCUCAUACCAGGGCUGAAAGAGUUCAGCAAUAUUGCGCGAAAAUCUUGGUUGGCGACAACUUUUUUAUCCACUCUGACAUCUGUUACAUAUACUUUUCACGUGUUAGUAUGUUACCGGAAACAUUUGAAGAGGUUGUGGAGGGGUCAGAAAACUUUUCUUCCAGAGAAGUUCCAUAAGCCAAGCCCUGCAGUCAGUGUGGCUGCUAUAACGAGGUACUCAGGCUGGCAGAUAGCCUUCACACUUUGGGGAUUUCUGAUAGUUCACUUUGUCCAGUUUAUUUUUACUUUGCUUUUUGUGUAUGGAGUUGUUUUACCAAUCCAUAAGGGACAUUUUCUCAGCUGGCUUUCCAGUGUAGCCAUAAUUCUGCUGACAAUAUUCAUCGUGAUAGCCAUAGCAGUAGUUCAGAUUGUUCUGGUUCAAAUGUUCUUCCUGCAAGACAAACUAUCACCUGAGGACAAAGAGAAGCCUCUUGCACUCAACAACAGAAAGGCAUUCCACUGCUUUAACUACUUUUUCUUCUUCUAUAAUGUGAUUAUGGGGUUGAGCAAUUGCAUUUUACGCCUUUUAAGCAGCGCUAUUGUGGGAACGUGGCUGGUAUCACGAAUUGAUCGGACCAUCAUGCAGCGGGGCUAUGAGUCCAUGGAUCCAGGAUACAGUACCUGGAUAGGGAUGAUAUUUGCUGAUCAUUACCAUAGCAACCCUGUUAUGGUGUCUUUCUGCCACCUACUGCUUGGCAGAACACUGGAGAAACGGGAACCCGCAGCAACCUCAUAUGAAACUUUUAGCAGUACCACAGGAUGUUCAGUAGGAGGCAGAGUACGCGUGCGUUGGCUGCUGCUCUACACACUUCUGAGGAACCCUGCACUCAUCCUGCUGAGAAAGAGAAAAAAACAGGAACUUUAUGAAAACCAAGACCCUCUCCUGUUAGCCCGAGCCAUCACCUCACAGGCUCAACAAGCAGAUGGGUUCGUUGUCAACAAAACUGUCGAAACAGAACCAACACAAUCAAACAUCUGAAAGAGCUGGGGCUCUUGAAAUCAGUUCUUGGAGACCAGAGCAGGGUCUGGUACUCUGUAACGAAGAGUUUAUUGCAUCUGGACCGAGAACUGGUCUGAGAGAAAGCUGGACUCAAAAGCAGUGUGCAGGGUUCAGUUAGACUGCUUUUCGUAAGAGUUUUAUACAUGUUUCUGAAACUAAUUUGAGUGUCUGAUUUGUUAACAACUAAGUGUUAUUGGUCAAAUAGUAUUUUGUAAUAAAACAUUUGUUUGGGUGAA